ACAGACUGAAGAAGACCCUUGCCAACGCCUCCUCUAUAAAUGGGGCAUCGCCCUGUGUGGCUAGUGGCCACUGUCCCUAGUGGUGAAAGAAGAAGUAGAAGGUGUGGACACCAGCACCUGUCAUCGCCGACGUUGCUGCCUAAUCGAAGAUCAAUAUCAGAAAUAGACCCCAGCAUGCCAAAGAACAUUAAACAGUUCGUGCCGUUCAUUGUCUUCGUCUACCAAGCUGCAGCAGAGCUCUUCACCGCCAUAAACGACCUCAAACCUCUACUGUCUACCGACUACUUAGUCACAGCAAACGUACGCAACUAUAUCGACGCGGAGACUGCACGAAUAGAACGCCUGGAGUCGACCUUAGCCAAGCUGAAGCUUUUGCAGUCAAUGGAGGACACAAACGCCAUCGCAGAGUUUAUGGUCGCUAGCUGCCUCGCCUGGACCUGGGAUCGAACCAUUGGCUUAACCGCGCAAGAAGCAGAGCUUAACGCAAAUAGUGCAUUUAUGAACGGCGGUGCAGUAAUGCCCACUGACGAGGACCUGGACGGUGCUGCGGUAGGACUUUGCCGAUUAAGCAAGACUUACCUUCUUACUGUUGAAGACCUUGCGGAGCUGCGAUCAGAUGGCGUGAAAGAACCAUCAGCCAGCGAUCUCAUUGAAGUAGCCCAACGCUGCUCAGUCGGUAACGAAUUCGAGAACGCUAUCCUGUGGUACCAGGAAGCACUCGAAGUCUACGACGUGCAAGAAGACCUCCAGGACGUUUACAUAAGCCGCGAGGAUAUAGUGGAAGAUCUAGCUCGUGCGAUGUACAAAAUGGGUGACGUCAAAGGUGCACUCAGCGUUGUUAAUGAGCAGUUGAAGAUUACACCAGCCAACAAAGACUUGCUUGACUUUUGGUUUCGGUUUAAGUAUGAAACGGAACUCGGGAAAGCGAAAGGUCAACACGGGCAGUGUAUAAGACAGCAAGAGCCUUAUUCGUUCCAUAAGUUAUGUCUUCAGUCUGGUGGCAAGGGUACGCCCAAAUUGCACUGCAAGACCACGACGAAUGGUGGGCAUCCCCUGCUCCUGCUUGAGCCUCUUAAGCUGGAAGUAGUCAGCGAAGAACCACGGAUUCUCGUAUUUUACGACUUCAUAUCCUCGAAGGAAUGCCGGACGCUCCGCAGUUUGGCGAGGACACACUUAGUGCGAGCGACCGUCUUCCCCGUGCGACAACAGCCGAUGGGGGCAAAGUCAAACGCACGCAUUGGAAAGGUUUCCUGGCUUCUGGACAGCGUGAACCCAGUCGUCGCACGUACUUCUCAGCGGAUCUCAGCUGCCACAGGUCUGUCUCUCCUCUCGGCCGAGCUCCUCCAAAUCGUCAACUACGGAGUGGGAGGUCACUAUUCCCCUCACACGGACUUCCAGAAAAAACACGAACCAUUACGAGAGAUGACCGUGAGGAACGGAGAUCGUCUGGCAACCUGGCUCAUGUACAUCUCUGACGUCACCGCUGGGGGCGCUACGGUAUUUAAAUGGGCACGGGUCGCUGUCAAGCCGGAAGAAGGCAAGGCGGUGUUCUGGUACAAUCUGCGUCCCGACCCGGACUCUGUGACGUCACUCGGACAAUGGAGGGAACUGCGUAGUGGCGACAUGCGAACAGAGCAUGGAGCUUGUCCAGUUCUUCGAGGAUCCAAGUGGAUUGCUACCAAGUGGUUUCACGAACGCUGCCAAGGAAAAGUACCUUAUGAUCGCCCAAGGUAGUAAUCGGCGAAACCGCACAGGAGCGUUCUUCUAACCGGACCCAUGUUUUAAUUUGUAAAUAGAUUAAUAAUAACGUUGCCAAAUAUGCUCAUAAACCGUGCGUUUUACACGUGUGUAGUAGAAGGUAAGCCGAAGAUGAUUCCCGAUAUCACCGUGGACACGCAUAUGCUCUUCGUCCUGACGGAAUGAAGAGUGGGCCUCACUGCAUUACACAGGAACAAAUAAAGGUUCUGUUU